AUGGUUAUAUGUUACACAGGGGCUGCCAUAGAGUGCACUCAUCACAUGGGAGUUGCCACAGUGGGCACUCAUCACAUGGGAGCAGCCAUAAUGUGCACUCAUCACAUGGGAGCUGCCAUAGUGUACACUCAUCACAUGGGAGCUGCCAUAGUGGGCACUCAUCACAUGGGAGCUGCCAUAGUGGGCACUCAUCACAUGGGAGCUGCUAUAGUGUGCACUCAUCACAUGGGAGCUGCCACAGUGAGCACUCAUCACAUGGGAGCUGCCAUAGUGUGCACUCAUCACAUGGGAGCUGCCACAGUGAGCACUCAUCACAUGGGAGCUGCCAUAGUGUGCACUUAUCACAUGGGAGCUGCCAUAGUUAGCACUCAUCACAUGGGAGCUGCCAUAGUGUGCACUCAUCACAUGGGAGCUGCCAUAGUGUGCACUCAUCACAUGGGAGCUGCCAUAGUGUGCACUCAUCACAUGGGAGCUGCCAUAAUUAUCCCAUGCCACUAG